AAUCCCGGCUCGAUCUGCCUUUUGGGUGUGCACAAUCGCAUCAGUUUUCCCGAUCCGUGUCUUCACAGUGGGCCGCCCCUCGUCCUCCGUCCAGCAGGGCAACUGGGACAACUAGCCCCACUGUCUGCUCCACGAUGGGCAGGGGGGCCGGCUGCAUGGACAAUAAUGGGACCGUUUCGAGGGGAGACUGCAGAAUGCUUCCUUCAAGCGGCCCCCCAAAGUACGGCUGAAGCCCUUUUUGCUCGUCCAGUCAACUGA